GUAAGUUCCGGCCCGUCCGUUUCCGUCACUACUGUCCCUGGCGCAGCGGUGUACGGGCCUCUCUCCCCACUUCCGCCGCGGACAUCCAGAGGUUGGUGAGUGGAUUCAGGAAAGCGAGUCUCAGGGAAUCCGAUAGAAUGUGGGGCCAGCGGCAUGGAAAGGGAAGAUGGGAAGCCCGCGGCUGUUGUCGCAGUUGUGACUGAGCCUCGGUUUACCCAGCGUUACAGGGAAUAUCUCGAGAAGCAGAAACUCUUGGAUAGACAGCACCGUGUGGAAAAGUUGCCGGAUGGCACCGUGGCGUUACCUGUGCUGGGAGAGGCCGUCCCUGAGCUGCACCUGCAGGAGCUGAGGAAUCGUGUGGCUCCAGGCAGCACCUGUAUGCUAACGCAGCUCCAGAGUGCUGUGCCUUCAAAGAGGGCCCAGGGCUGUGCACCUGCCCAAAGGCUGUGUCUUGAGGUGAGGCACUGGGUAGAGACCCGAGGAGUGCCGUGGUCAGCUCAGUUGGAGGCUGAUUUGCCCCGGUCUUGGCAACGACAUGGCAACCUGUUGUUGCUGAGUGAGGAUUGUUUCCAAGCCAAGCAGUGGAAAGGUCUGGAACCAGCACUCUGGGAGACUGUGGCCUCAGCACUUGGCGUCCAGCGUUUGGCCAAACGAGGGCGGGUCUCACCGGAUGGCACUCGAACUCCAGCAGUGACUCUCCUGCUGGGUGACCAUGGCUGGGUAGAGCAUGUGGAUAAUGGGAUUCGAUAUAAGUUUGACGUUACCCAGUGCAUGUUCUCCUUUGGAAACAUCACUGAGAAGCUUCGGGUGGCAUCGCUGCCCUGUGCUGGGCAAGUGCUGGUGGAUCUCUAUGCAGGGAUUGGUUAUUUCACAUUGCCCUUCCUAGUUCAUGCUGGUGCUGCCUUCGUCCAUGCCUGUGAGUGGAACCCCCAUGCUGUAGCUGCUCUGAGAAGUAACCUUGAGAUAAAUGGGGUAGCAGAUCGGUGCGAAAUACACUUUGGGGAUAACAGAAAACUGAAGCUCUCAAAUAUUGCAGACAGGGUGAACCUGGGGUUGAUUCCCAGCUCUGAAGAAGGCUGGCCCAUUGCCUGCCAAGUCCUUCGACAGGAUGCUGGGGGCAUUUUGCAUAUCCACCAAAAUGUGGAAUCUUCCCCAGGGAAGAAUCUUCAGCCUCCUGGAAGCAGUGAAAUGGAAAAAGAGCAUUCGCCUUAUUCUCAGCAAAUUAUCACCAACCAAUGGAAGAAUAGAGCUACCAGGGAUUCUAGGAGAAAAAUGUUGUCAGCAGCCACUAAGCGAGAGUGGCAACAGUGGGCGGAAUCUGCAGAAACUCGUAUUGCCACUCUUCUUCAGCAGGUGCAUGGGAAACCGUGGAAGACACAAAUCCUGCACAUCCAACCAGUGAAAUCCUAUGCUCCCCAUGUGGACCACAUAGUCCUGGAUCUGGAAUGCCAUCCCUGUCCUCUAGUUGGCUAGUGAAGGUGGAUCCUGAGACAUGUGAAUCUAUGUGUAUAUUUGUAUCCAGUGUUGUUCUGAUCUUGUCACAGCGAUCACUUUUCAAGUUUUACAUGUACAGCUCAGCCUUUCUGUUAGCUGCAACUUCAGUGUUGAUAAAUUAUUAUGCUGCUUUGCACAUUGAC